AACCUGUUGUUGGCCGGGCGGGCGGGAGGGAGGUUUCUUUCCUACUUCGGCCCGGACCUGCCUGUGGUUACUUCGCUCGCCCUUCCGCUCGCCCGUCGGGGAGAGACACCGGUCACUAUGGAGUUAGCACGUCUGUGGUUGGCCUCCAGGAUUCCCCUUAGCUUGGCCGCUGGUUGGCGUGAGAUGGAGGCAAGGAUCCUCUGCUCUCUUUCCCUCUGUUUCACUCUCACAGUUUUGAGGGUCUUCAGUUUACAGUGAUGAUUACCCAGUGAAUGCAGAACAAGCCGUCAUUCAACCUGAUAUCUGAGAAAUGUGACAUUCUGUCCAUCCUCAACGAACAUCCCGAAAACCGAAUCUAUCAGCGAAAAAUUCAGGAACUCAGCAAAAGGUUUACUUCGGUCAGGAAGACAAAAGGCGACGGGAACUGCUUUUACCGAGCGUUGGGCUUUGCCUACUUGGAGUCUCUUCUUGGGAACGACAGAGAAAUCCUCAGGUUUAAAGAGCUGCUGCUGAAGACCCCGAAUGAUCUCAUAUCGGCCGGAUUUGAGGAGCCCAAGUUUCGGAGCUUCUUCGUAGCUUUUUGCAGUGCAGUCGAGUCGUUGGAGAAAGACAGUUCGGUUUCCAGCCUGCUGAAAGUGUUCAACGACCAGAGUUACUCUGACAGAAUUGUCCAGUUCCUCCGGCUUCUGACGGCGGCCUUUAUCAAGAACCGAGCAGAUUUCUUUCGCCAUUUUGUCGACGAGGAGAUGGACGUCAAAGACUUCUGUGCUCAGGAAGUGGAGCCAAUGGCCACGGAAUGCGACCACGUUCAGAUCACGGCGCUGUCUCGGGCUCUGAAUAUUCCUCUUCAAGUUGAGUACGUGGAUGAAGCGGACGGCGCCCUGAACCAUCACGUGUUUCCCGAAGCAGCCAGCCCAUCAGUUUACCUGCUUUACAAAGCAUCACACUACAACAUCCUUUAUGCGGCAGCCGGAGUGGAUUGAUGCAGGGGGUGAGGGCGCCUUCUGGGGUAGAUGUGUAUUCUAAAUAGAAUAUUCCACUCUUCAAGUGAUAAGACGCUUCGUUGACUAGAAGAUGCAGAUAGAUCCUCUUUGGGAACGGUGUCGAUAUGGGAUCAUUGCUGUUUUCUAAAACCCUUGCAGGUCACUGAGCCAGUGGGCAUCUGGGUGGUAUUUUUAGUGUUUACGUUGGCUCUUCGUCCUUGCCCAAAGGGGGGAAAUGGGAGUUCCGUGGAACCUGAUUGCACUUAAGGCACUUAAGUGCGAGAAGCAAUGUGGCCAGAUAAAUAGGGCUCCAGCUUUAAUUAUUCAGCAAUCCCUUUGGUACCCCUUGUAGUGAAGUUUGGUGCUUGGUGAGAAUCAGGUCAGGGCUGGGCUUUGCUGUGCUGGGGAAUUUGCUUCCUUAAGGAAAUUGACAACUUGAGGCCCCUCUUCCCUUGGCUUUAUAGUUUUCCAUAACUAAAAAUGGAAAAACGCUGACCAGAGGUGCCCCAUCCAGCCCUGGGAAGAGGCCUCGAGAGGGUUCAGAGAGUCCUCUACCCCUCUGGGGUGUCUCCUAGGGUUCCAGUUCUGUGAGAAGUUCUGGGGAGAGGCUGGGGCUGCCACCUUUUUUCAAACAAAAAUUCAAGUAGCGGAGGCUGAGAUGUUUUGGGAUACCAUUGCCUCGCAGUAAGGAGGUGGCACUGGAGGCGAUAUUGAGAAAAUCCUGAGUAUAAAUUGAGGUUGUCUUUGAUGAAGAUGUCUAUUUGCGGCUUGGCAGAGAGGGAGUUUGAUCGACCGGGCCUCCCAGAUCUCCGUGAUUUCCUGUCUCCUGUCCACUGAGCCGGUUCACGUUACGAAAAAAAACUGGGCAACGGGGACCACUCGACGAGUGAGGUUUGACUCACAGGAACUCUCGCCUUCCCUGGACAGGUCGCGGUCCCGGUCGGGCCAUGCGAUAGCCUUCCCUAGCAAGCUUGCCCCUUCCUACUGUGGCACACGUAGUCCUCUGCUGGGGGAAAUUCACAUUCAGAAACUUGGGGGCUGAGGAACAAAAGGAGGGAGGCCUCUGUGGACAGUUUCUCCCCAUGAAGGGGGACCUGAAGGGGGCCCCCACGGUUGUUCUCUCGCCAGAAUGGGGCAGCGCUUGUCCCGCCAUAUUCUAGAUGUCGUCUCCUUGGGGCUUUAUUUUCACAAACAUUUAAGAGGAAAAACAAGAGGGUGUGAUCAUUUGUAAUGCUUCAACUGAUCCCAUUUUAGUGUUGGGGGAAAGGGGCUGAGAAAAUGCAGAAUUUGGGACUAAUCCCAUUGGACCAUCUGCAAUUCCUUGUCUGGUAAGUAACAUUCCACAUGGUAUCUGGAAAACCUGGUGUUUCAUUCAGUCAAUUGUAUUGAUUGAGCACUUACCGUAUGCAGAGCACUGUACUAAGCACUUGGAAAGUACAAUUUGGCAACACAUAGAGACAAUCCCUACCCAACAACGAGCUCACAGUGUUUGUCGUAAAGUGGGGGCAAACUGGGUCUUGAUCUUGCUUGGCAUCUUUGUGGCACCACCCUAGCUCUCGACGGCUUUCUGUGAUCAUUAAAAAGGCUCCGGCAUGAAUUGCG